UCUCCUCUCUCUCGCUGAUCUGGUCGGAUCCAGUCUGGUGAAGCGGGCUUCUUGGUGCGAGAUAAUCUGCAGGUGAUGUGAGUUAAUGAGGCGGAGAUGCGGGGGGACAAACUCAGACGCGCUCCCUCCAGCUGCAGGUGCGCAACAAGUGAGUGAGAGGAGGAGGACGCACCAGAGGACAGAAGAAAGGAAGUAAAGGAAGUACGAACCGAAACGUGGAAAGUUACUGGAGAAUCAAGGAGAGAAAAGCAGAAACACUUCCCUGAGUCAAGCUAUGGACUCCGGGCAGAACACACAAGUCACCGACAUGGGAGGGGAACACUCCGCCGGGGUCUGUCUGGUGGAGCGGGACCGGGAGAGGGUCGAGGUGUCCAGCCCGAGUCCACCGGCCAAGCAGCGCUCCCUGCGGGUAGUGUACGUCCUGAACGACGGGCUGAAGGCGGUGAUGGCCAGCAGCCCGGAGUCUGGAGCUCUGCAGUGUUUGCAAAGAGCCUGCGACUCCGAGAGCGCCCUGCUCACCACAGUCACCUUCGGACGGCUGGACUUUGGAGAGACCUCGGUGCUGGACAGCUUCUACGAUGCAGAUAUUGCAGUUGUGGACAUGAGCGAUGUGUUCCGACAGCCAUCCUUGUUUUACCAUCUGGGUGUGAGGGAGAGCUUUGACAUGGCCAACAACGUCAUCCUAUACCAUGACACCGACCCUGACACUGCCCAGUCACUGAAGGACAUGGUGGCACAGAAAAACACAGCAUCCAGCGGUAACUACUACUUCAUCCCCUACAUAGUGACUCCUAACCAUGAGUAUAUGUGCUGUGAGAGUGACGCUCAGCGCAGGGCCAGUGAGUACAUGCAGCCCAGCUGGGACAACCUGCUGGGGCCGCUCUGCGUCCCCCUGACGGACCGCUUCACCAGCCUGCUGAAGGACAUUCACGUCACAUCCUGUGCAUCCUAUAAGGACACCCUGCUAAAUGACAUCAGAAAGGCCAGAGAGAAGUACCAGGGAGAGGAGCUGGCCAAGGAGCUGUCCCGAAUCAAACUACGAAUUGACAACACAGAGGUCCUUACGCAGGAUAUCGUCAUGAACCUGCUGUUUUCUUACAGAGACAUACAGGACUAUGAUGCCAUGGUGAAGCUCGUGCAGACUCUGGAGAUGCUGCCAACUUGUGAUCUGGCCACACAGCCCAUGAUCCAGUUCCACUACGCCUUCGCCCUAAACAGGAGAAAUAGUCCUGGUGACAGGGAACAGGCUCUCCGUGUGAUGCUGCAGGUGUUACAGUCAUGUGAACAUCCAGCACCAGACAUGUUCUGCCUCUGCGGACGGAUAUACAAGGACAUCUUUCUGGAUUCAGACUGCAAAGACACUAAAAACAGGGACAAUGCUAUACAGUGGUACAGAAAGGGUUUUGAGCUGCAGCCCACUCUCUACUCUGGGAUCAAUCUUGCAGUCCUCCUCAUAGUUGCUGGCCAACAGUUUGAGAGCUCCAUGGAACUUAGAAAAAUAGGUGUGAGGUUGAACAGUCUGCUUGGACGCAAAGGUUCCCUGGAGAAAAUGAAUAACUACUGGGACAUCGGACAGUUUUUCACUGUUAGCAUGCUCGCUAACGACAUCCCUAAAGCUACUCAGGCUGCAGAGAAGCUCUUCAAACUCAAGCCACCUCUCUGGUAUUUGAAGUCAGUGGUACAGAACCUGCAGCUGAUCCAGAGGUUUAAAAAGCAGUCGGUGGAACACUCGCCUCUGAGGGAGAGACUCAACUUUUGGAUGGACAUCAUUGUAGAGGCCACUCAAGGCACCACCAAUCGACUGCGGUUUCCAGUGUUGAUUCUGGAGCCAACUAAAGUUUACCAGCCCUCCUACGUGUCCAUCAACAACGAGGCUGAAGAGAAGAACGUCUCAAUCUGGCACGUGUCUCCUGCUGAAACUAAAGGGAUCCAUGAGUGGAACUUCACUGCCAUGUCCAUCAAAGGCAUAAGCAUCAGUAAGUUUGACGAGCGCUGCUGCUUCCUCUACGUCCACGACAACUCGGACGACUUCCAGAUCUACUUCUCCACUGAGGAGCAGUGCGGUCGGUUCUGCUCCAUGGUGAAGGAGAUGAUAACGGACGGUACGGGGAAUUCCGUGGAGUUGGAAGGGGAGGGAGACGGAGACACACUGGAGUAUGAGUAUGACACCAAUGAGACAGGGGACCGGGUGGUGUUGGGAAGGGGCACAUAUGGAGUGGUGUAUGCUGGGAGAGACCUCAGCAACCAGGUCCGAAUCGCCAUCAAAGAAAUCCCAGAGAGAGACAGCAGGUAUUCUCAGCCCCUUCAUGAAGAGAUCGCCCUUCACAAGUACCUGAAGCACAGGAACAUUGUUCAGUAUUUGGGCUCCGUUUCUGAGAAUGGAUACAUCAAGAUCUUCAUGGAACAAGUCCCUGGAGGAAGUCUGUCUGCGCUGCUGAGGUCUAAAUGGGGCCCGCUGAAGGAGGCCACCAUAAUAUUCUACACCAGACAAAUCCUGGAGGGGCUCAGAUACCUGCAUGAGAACCAGAUUGUACAUCGAGAUAUCAAGGGUGACAAUGUGUUGGUGAACACCUACAGCGGCGUCUUGAAGAUCUCAGACUUUGGUACCUCGAAGCGGUUGGCAGGAGUCAACCCCUGUACAGAGACUUUUACCGGGACUCUGCAGUACAUGGCUCCAGAAAUCAUUGAUAAGGGCCCUCGAGGAUAUGGGGCCCCGGCUGACAUCUGGUCCCUGGGCUGCACUAUCAUAGAAAUGGCUACAGGGAAGCCCCCCUUUCAUGAGCUUGGAGAACCACAGGCAGCCAUGUUUAAGGUGGGCAUGUUUAAGAUCCACCCAGAGAUCCCUGAGUCGCUGUCUCUGGAGGCCAAGUCGUUCAUCCUGCGCUGCUUUGAGCCGGACCCUCACAAGAGAGCCAUCGCUUCGGACCUCCUCAAAGACACUUUUGUCAGACAAACCACGAAGGGGAAGAAGAGCAAGAUCGCCUUCAAACCGUCAGACUACAUCCACAACGUUUCUCUGCCGGUGCAGCUGCAGUGCGAGGCCGCCGGGAGCAGCAGCAGCGAACAUGGCUCUGUGAGCCCUGACUGCGACUCCAAACACGACGUCUUCUUCCAGAAAAAGAAAAUCCCUGGCUCUGAGAACCUGCUCAAACCCCCCAACUCCAACUACUUGAGUGUUCCAGAUGAAGGUUCGGUGUCAGAGGACCGCAGUGCCCCCCCGUCCCCUGAGGACAGGGACAGCGGUCUGUUCCUGUUGAAGAAGGACAGCGAGAGACGGGCCAUCCUGUACAAGGUCCUGAAUGACGACCAGGCAAAGGUCAUCUCCAACCUCAGAGAGAACCACAUCCAGGGCAGUGAAGAGCUCCAGCUGUCCGUCGAACACAUCAAGCAGAUCAUCUGCAUCCUUCGAGACUUCAUCCAUUCCCCAGAGAGGCGCGUCAUGGCCGCCACCAUCUCCAAGCUCAAGCUGGACCUGGACUUCGACUCCACGUCCAUCAACCAGAUCCAGCUGGUUCUGUUUGGCUUCCAGGACUCGGUAAACAAAGUCCUUAGAAAUCAUCACAUUAAACCUCACUGGAUGUUUGCAAUGGAUAACAUCAUCCGCCGAGCUGUGCAGGCUGCCAUCACCAUCCUCAUACCAGAGCUGCAGACUCACUUAGGCCCGGCGUCAGAGUGCGAGGGAGCAGAGAAGGAAGACGAAGUGGAUGAAGAGGAAGCCGAGUUCGGUCCUGUUUUGGCUCCUCAGGCUGACGACUCCGGGGCCACGGCUGACCCGGUCCACUCCACAACCCUCACAUUAAAUCCUGCCCACUCCCUGGAGCAUCAGCGCUCACAUCACCAACUGGGGGCACAGCUAGGGAGGCUCAAACAUGAGACAAACAGGCUGCUGGAGGAGCUGCUGCAAAAGGAGAAGGAGUACCAGCAAGUCCUGAAGGCCACCCUGCAGCAGAGAGCACACGACCUGGAGCUGGUUAGAGUCAGACACAAACCUCCAGACAUCUCACCUCCUUCCAUUUUCCACAUCCCGGCCGAUCACGAGCCGGAUAAGCAGCUCACAGAUUGGCUGAAAGAGCAGGGAGCAGACGCUGAUACUGUAGAUAAGUUUGUGCUGGAGGAAUACACAUUGACUGACAUUCUAAAUGACGUUACCAAAGAUGACCUCCGCUGUCUUCGUCUACGGGGUGGAGUCCUUUGUCGCAUCUGGCGGGCCAUCCAGCGACACAGAGAGCGAGAGAGGCUGAGGAGCGACGACCACUCUGAGGAUGAUGCAUGAUGGGAUACAAUUCGGGAGGACUCUUGUUGUGCAGAAACUCGCACAAAUCUGCACAUGACCAGCCCUGCAUCGCUGUCUUUCUUUUUCCUGUCUCUGUCCUCGGUGUCUUUUCUGAUUCGAGUCUGGAGAGCCUGACUGAAUCUGUGUUUGACUGUUCCGCUUCAUACAGUGUCACACUUGACCAAAGCGCUUUAGUGCAGGCACUACUGUAUGUAGCUAUACGUGCAUUUAAAUGUCUGUGUGCCAUCCUCUGUCAUGUAUCAAUGCAUCUCUGAUAUUAAUUGUACAGAAUAUUCUAUACAUCGGAAACUACUUUAAAGAUUUCAACACCUUUUAGAUCCAUCCAUCAGUUUUGGAUUUGAGUGUGUCCUCUUGUUUUUUAGCCACAAAAAGUGUUUCAUGAUUUAACAACAUUAUUCAUAAACUACUGAGGAUCACAGAACUACGUAUUCCAGUCUGAACCCCAGCGCCUUAAAUUUUGUGACAUAACACGGCCACUGUGAUGAUUUUUCAAACAUGCACACACCUCAUGAAUGGUCCACAUCACUGCCUUUACAUCUCUAUGCAUGUUAUUUAUUGUGCAGAGUUUCCUUAAUGUUCUUCAUGAAGUCACUUCAGUUUUGCUCCUCUUUGUGAACCUACAUUUUUUUUAUUCAAACUGUUACAUAUAUAUAUAAACGUGCUUGUUGGUUUCAUGAUUGCUUUACAACUGCAAUAAAUCUGGAAUUAU